AUGGUUGACGCUGCCGCAAAGGCGGCAGGCCGGUUUCCUGUUCUUGGUCGGGCAGGUGGACUUGCGAUGUCCCAUGCGCCAGCAGUGUGUGCAUUGAGCAAAGAUCGGGCGGUCGACGUACUCUUUAACGGAGAGACGUUGGCAGUCCAGGAAGACAAACCGGGAGCCCUUGGCGAGGAGCUGGGAUGCAAUAGUGCCGUUCGGAUCCUCGACGGCAAACAUAAGUGGGGCCCGUUCCUUCUGCGCGAGUUGAUCGGCCGGGCAGAGAUACCGUGGAAUAACCGAGAAGUGGGCACCAGCGAGAACAGGAUUGACCUUGAGGUGGGCACAAAGCUGCUCACCGGUUUAAGUGGGUUGAUCGGGCGAAGGACGGGUGAGAGAGCCAGGGAUGAAGAAUUUCGACCAGCGCACAACUGGGCGCAUGUCCGACUGACCACCUGUAGCCGGGACAGGAACGUCCAGCACCGAACGAACGAUGGAUGCGGCCUCUUCGAUGAGUGAUUGGGGGGUCG